GAAGGUUUUAGAGUGUCCCGUCGGGGCAUUGUGCUGGUGCUGCCUUCCUAGGUCGAGAAGACCGCACAGAGAUCGAGUAAUGGCUCAAUCAGAAGUGACUUCUGUUGACUGCAUGACACCUGAUAGAGCUGCAGACAUUGGACAUCAAAGCGAUGACUCAUCUGAUAGCUUAUUUAAAACACAGUACGUUCUUUCACCUACACGAAAGCAAAGAAACCCUACGACAAAACGUGUCACUUUACCUGCAAAUGUUGACACUGACACAUCAAGUGACUCCUCUAUAGAACCAAGGCUUUUGACUUUAAAGGCUAUUUUUGAAAGAUUUAAGAAAAAGAAACGGAAAAAAAGGAAAUACAAGCCAAAAUUAAGACCAAGAGGAAGACCACCUGGAAUAAAAAAUGCUAGAAACCCUAGAAGGUCACAGAUAGGUGUGAAGCAAAUUAAAAACAAAGGAGCUGUGUUUCCAUUCUUAGAAUCUGAAAAUGGAAGAAAACCCUUACCUUGGAAGAAAAUUUUAACAUAUGAGCAAGCUGUUGCAAGAGGAUUUUUCCACCACAUUGAAAAACUCAAAUAUGAGCACCAUCUUAAGGAAUGCUUGAAGCAAAUGCACGCUGGGGAAGAUUUAGAAAAGGAAGACUUUGAGAGCAGGAGACACAAGUACAUUGAUGAUGAAGGUGGUCCUCUUUCUCCUAUUGAAGAGCCACUAACAGAAGAUGAGGCAACAAAUCCUGAGUCUGAAUGUGAUAUCAAAUUGGUUGAAGACACUUGCUUCAUAAUAAGCUCAGAAUUUUCAAAGAGAAAUUUAGAACAAGGGACGAGUAAGAAAGACUCUGCAUUCUCUAAAAAAGCUAAAGCCAAAGAUAAUGCACACAGAGAGCAUGGCACACAGAGAGCAUGGAAUGGAAGGGCCUGGAAAGGAGAUCUACAUGUGAACAUCAAAGAAGGUUUGUCUUGAUUAUGAAGCCAGAAUUGAAGAUACUUGUACAUGGGUGUUUGUUUCAAUAUAGGUUUUUUUUGUUGUUGGUUUUUAGACUUCAGUCACUGGCAUAUCCUUCAUAAAGACUAGCAUUGUGAGUAUUAGGAAUGAAUAUGAGCAGAACUCCUCAUACAUGUUGGUAAGUGAAACAUUUGCCAUUCAUAUGGCCAGAUCAAAGCGCCGAGAAAUGGGAAUAUUAAGUUCUUGAGGGAUGCAUGUCCCACUCCUGUUAUCCUAGGAGUUGGGAGCUUGAAAUCAGAAGGAUCCAAGUUAGAGGUCCCCUGGGAAACAGGAACUUGCUGGGUAGAUGGCUCAGUGGAUGAAAUGUCCCAGAGCAUUGCAGUUCAGAGCCCUACCUAGCAGCCAGGCAGGUGUGUAGCCAAAUCAGGGAACUAUGGCUUUAGUGAGAAACCCCCAGUAAAUGGUGUUAGAUGACCAGGGAGGGAACCCAACAGUGAGUGUAAAUGUGUGUACCCAAAGAAAAGAAUAAUCAGACAAGUUAACAGUUUGAUUUGGGCAAUUUUCCAGUGGGGAUUGAAUGAAGGAUCAAAUGGAAUUUGGAAUCUCUUGCAUAAACAGAAAAGCCCAAAGCCCAUCUAGCACACUUAACAUGUGGACACCGAUUAGGACCAUAUCAUUAAUUAGCUUCUUUAAAGGAACACCAUGCUGAGGGUUUUAAGAAAUUGGCACUGCAUGGUAUCUGCACUCAGCAGUUCUUUCCUGUUGGUGUGUUCAAAAGACAGUGCAAUAGAAAUUCACUAUCUGGCAUCGUUGGUUUCUUGGCUUUGUGCAUGUUAAACCUGGUAUUUCUAAUGAUACAGUUAUUAUUUUAUACUGGAUGUAUUUAUUGUGGGUAUGUGUCCCCUGUGGAAGUCAGAACAACUUGUCAUGUUGAUUGUAGUCUGGGGAAUAACUGGCAAGCAUUGUCACCUUCUGAAUGAACCAACCACUCACUCAUUUUCUCAGGGUGUUGUCAAGUGAGAGGCCAACCUUAAAAUGGUAAGGCAUUGUUUGUUUACUAAUGGCUGGUUUUACUGGAUGUAUAGUGCAUGAGACUGAGUAAUUUUUACAGAGCCUCAUUCUAUAUAAGAAUGGGCACUGUCAGUGUCCAGAACUGGUGAAUGUGGCGAAAUUGAGACACAGGCCAUGCUUCCAUCACAGUACAUAUGUUACAGUGGUGACAAUGAGACCUGUAACAUUUGUCUGUUAUACUGUUGAGUUUGAAGACAUGUUUGAAGACAUUCAUUUCACAAUAUUUCUAUAAUCAAUCUUUUAGGUUCCUAAAGUAAAUUGAAGAAGUCCCAGAAACCUUCCGGUAAGGCGGUAACUUUAAAUGUGCAGCAUUUAGAUAGGCAGCCAA